UUAACCUAAGUGCUGUAGGAUUGUAACAUUUCAUCGAAGUCCGUUUUUCUCACAAGAUAUUGCGAUUAUAACUAGUGUACUGCCUAUGUAUUGCGCUCUAUAACGCUACAUGUGCUGUGUAUUUCGCCGAAGUGAUUUUGAAAUUAUGUAUUUUUAGAUGUUGUUUUGCAUUAUUUGCACACAACACGAUUAAAAUUGUCGUAAAAAAAUAUAAUGUCUGCCAGAUCCACAACUUGGCCCCAACGCCAUCGUCUCAACUCUCAAUGUUGGAGCCAAUACCAUUUUCUGUAUCCACACGUUAGUCGAGAGGAAUUGGGACCAAAUUUGGCACCAACGUGUAGAGUCUGCCUAAAUGCCUGUUCAUACUGUGGCCCGUAUUUAUAUCACACACAAGUCACAAAUUAUUUUUCCCCGUCCAUUGACGCGACCUUGCAUCGGUGUUCUAGUGACGUCAUCGUUUGGUCGAUAUCUAGAUGCUCGUUUGUUAUUAACCCAAUAGUUGAUUUGGGACCGCCCCGUGUGAUCUCAAUUUCGGUACAUUUAUUUGUCUAGAAUAAUUAUUAUGAAGCUUAGAAAGUUUGUAUUUUAACUAGAGUUAAUUUAAAGAGUUUUGGAUUAUGAGAAAAUCAUCGAUGUAAAGUUUAGUUCUGGUUUGUGAUUGUGUUUUGUUAUUUCGACGCAUGCGCCGGUUGGUUGAAGUGACUGUGUAAUUAAAAACUCAAAUGUACACUGUUUCAAGUGAAAAUGGCUAAAGCACAAAUAAUUUUAUGUGUUUUGGGAGUAAUUUGUUGUGCGGAUGCGUACAAAAUAUUAGUGGUUUUCCCUUUUCCAAUUCGGAGUUUGAACAAUUUGGGAGAAGGGUACGUUAGACACCUACUAAAGGCCGGGCAUGAGGUUACCUUUAUCACAGCAUUUCCUCUGAAAAAUGAGAAAAAUGAAAAGCUUCGACAAAUCGACAUCAGCAGCAACCAGCAAUUAAUGGUGUCAGGAGAUUCUACCUUCUCUAUCAAAAGUGUAAUGGAUGGUCAAAUACCGAUAAACGAUGUCAAAAUGAUGCAAGAGUUCGGACUAUAUUCCAGUAUUAAGAUGUUCGAACAUGAAAACGUGAAGAAGUUCUUAGAAGACACAAGCCAGCAGUUUGAUGCUGUGAUAGUAGAUCUGUAUGAGACGGAAAUAUAUUCUGGAUUAUCAGCUCUCUACAACUGCCCAAUGAUCUGGAGUUACUCUAUGGGCGCGCACUGGUUGGUUCUUCGACUGAUAGAUGAGCCGACAAACCCUGCCUACUCCGCCGACUACUUGUCAUCCAACGUGCUGCCUUUCACCUUCAAACAAAGGCUGGAGGAACUGUGGGCGCAGAUCUUAUGGACCUGGACGAAAUGGUGA